GAAAGAGUGAGGGGCCGUCGGGCGCCCGCUUGUGCCCCCGCCCUGCCUGCCCGCCAUCCGUAAGCCAACGCUCGCGCCCGCCCAGCUGGGGCCGCGUGGGUGUGUCAUGUGUCGGCCGGCCUGUUGCGUUCAAUGAAUUGCGGACCGCCGGCCCGGACUAUGGUUGUUUGGACUUUCGGACGCGCUUCCGCUUCUUGGCGCCGACACCGCCCUGCGGCUGGGCCUGUUCAGAUAGAUUGUCUUGUGCCGCCGUCCACAAGAACGCCUGUAGUGAG